AUGGAGGAAUUUAGGUUGCAACGUUUGCCUAUUCCUGAUUUGCGAGACACACUAGAUAGGUAUUUAGCAAGGUUGGAGCCGCUUCAAGAUGAAAAGCGGCAUUCUUAUACUCAGGAGGCUGUGAAGCAAUCUGAAGAUGUGUUAAAGAUGUUAGAUGCUGGGUUGAGGGAUUACGAUGCGGAGUUGGAUAGGCGAGAUCACAAGACUUCGUACAUUGAACAGUUUUGGUAUGAUUCGUACUUGCAGUAUGAUGAAUCGGUGGUGUUGAAUGUGAAUCCAUAUUUCCAACUUGAAGAUGAUCCUACGAUGCGAAUUGUAUCGUCGGCAACCUUUGGGGAGCACUCGGUACAGCUGAAGAGGGCUUCAAAGCUAGUAGUUUCGAUUUUGAAGUUUGUAAAAGCUAUACGACAUGAUACUUUAAGUCAAGAUGUUGUUAGAGGUGUUAGGCUAUCCAUGGAUCAGUAUGCAAAGAUGUUUGGAUCCUCGAGGAUUCCUCCAGCCCCUGGUGAUGAUUCUUGUCACUUUCAAAUAGACUCUACUUCACAUCACGUAGUGGUCAUGUACAAGUCGCAGUUUUACUGGUUCGAUGUUCUUGAUGUGGACAACGAGCCUAUAUUUCAGAGUCCCGAGCAGUUGGAGUGGAACCUCUAUUCAAUAAUAAUGGAUGGUGAGCGUGGGUCUGAACCGAGUAACAGGUAUCCAUGGGGUGUGUUCAGCACGGAAACCACACGUGUUUGGUCGAAUAUUCGUGAAUAUAUAUCGAAAUCUCAUGAUUCUACCAACUGGAACAAUUUGAAAAUUAUUGACAGUGCGCUUUUCAUUAUCUGUCUGGAUGAUGUGGAAAUCUCUGAUGAUUUGGAACUUGCUAACUCUAUGCUAUGUGGCACUUCAGAUAUACGUUUUCCAACCCCGAAGGAAUUGAAACAAAAUGUUAACCAGGGUAUUCCACUUGGUGUUCAACAAGGCACUUGUUUAAAUAGAUGGUAUUAUAAGUUACAACUAAUUGUAACGAAAAAUGGUAAGGCUGGAAUAAACUUCGAGCACACCGGUGUUGAUGGCCAUACUGUUCUAAGACUAGUCAGAGAUAUAUACACUGACAGUAUUCUGAAUUUUGCUCAGGGAAUCGCCAAAACCGUUCCAAAGAUAUUUGAUGAACGUCCUCAUCCCGUGAGCAACCGGCCUAGCCAUGCAGCAAACUUGAUUAUUAUACCAAGAAGGUUGGAAUGGGUUUUGGAUUCUUUCUUACUGUCAUCCCUUCAUUUUGCAGAAACGCGGCUCAGUGACAUGCUGUCUCAGUUUGAAUUUGCAGUCUUACACUUUAAACAGUAUGGAUCGAACCGCAUCAAAUCCCAUUUUAAAACUUCUCCCGAUGCAUUUUUGCAAAUGGCUUUUCAAACGGCGUACUAUGCGCUGUACGGUAAAUUCGAAAUGACGUAUGAACCUGCGAUGACUAAGUCGUUCCAGAAUGGCCGAACGGAAGCCAUUAGGACUGUUUCACACAAGUCCAAAGAGUUUGUCAAAUCUAUGUUCAACAGCAUUAGCACCGAUAGAGAACGGCUGACUUUAUUACAAACGGCUUGCGCCCAUCAUUCUAAAAUUUCUAAAGAGUGUUCUCUCGGACAAGGCCAAGAUCGUCACUUAUAUGCCUUGUAUUGUAUAUGGAGAAAUAAUUUUAAAGAUAGCAUUCCGAUCCCACCUAUCUUCGAAGAUAGUGGCUGGAGCCUGUUGAACACCAAUGUGCUAAGCACCUCAAAUUGUAGUAAUUCAUGCUUAAAAGGUUUCGGUUUCGGCCCAGUUUGUGCUAAUGGUUUCGGAAUUGGCUAUAUUAUCCGUCCUGGUAGCAUUUCGCUGCUGAUCUCAUCUAGACACAGACAAACUAAAAGAUUCGCUUCUUUAAUUGAAAAGUUCCUAGUGGAGAUGAACAGAAUAUCCGAUAGGGCCAAUAACACGAAACCCACUCCCUAUCAAUACAAGAGGUCAGACGACCUCAAGUACUUGCUAUCUGGUUACGACUACUUCGAUGUGAGCAUAACCGGAUGA